AUGGAUACUCCCAGAAAACCCCGCCCGUUGCCCCAGGAUAUCAUCAGACUGAUCUGCCAGCACGUCGUCCUCGCUGCCCAUCCCGCACAGCCUCACCUUGCCCUCGACCCCUUCAUCCGAACAAUCACCCCGCCAGAGGGCCACGACUACCUCAGGACCAUCACCCUCGAACCCAGCCCUGCUGUCCAAGCUCAACAGACCCUCAAAUCCCUCUGUCUGGUCUCGCACCAGUGGAACUCAGAGGCUAGAAAGACUCUCUGGUCGUCAGGCAUCCAAUUCGGAUUGCCCCGCUCCUUUGAAACCGUGGUCAAGUUGGUCGACCCCAUCGGGUCUUUUUUCGACGGCGGAGUCGAGCCAACCUGGCUGAUUUCGCCACCCCCCAGUCGACAAUCAAGCCCCAAGAGAACAUUCUGCACCCAUGAAAACCUAGUCUGCGUCUCCUCCGGUCGGCACGUUCCCUCCGAGCUCGAACACACCGACUGCCGCCGAAGCUUCUCGGGCGGUCGGCGCUCAGUCAGUCUCAAGCGGCAAGGUGGGAACUAUAUCCUGCAGCCUCAUUCGGAGAGGGACUACCCUCCUUCGCCGGAUAAGUCGACGUGCGCCGCCGCACUGACUCCUGUCAGCCCCGGCCAUCGACGUGCCCUGGAGCGUAGCAUAAGCCCUCUUCGUGGCAGGAUUGCCGUCCAGUCACUCUCCCAGGCUUUCAGGCGCACAUCCGUCUCCCCCCUCGCCUCGCCAACCUCAAUCGCUAGAUUCGGCAAGCGUGCCGAGGACCUCAAAGAAGAAGACGAGACGGAGGAUGAUGAAUACAUAUUUGAUCACCACAUCGAUGACCUCUUCAAUCCCGCUCCUUACAUCACAUCCGUAUCCUUCUCCAAGUAUCGCUCUCAUGGAAUGAGGCGAAGUGUAGCUGAAGGUCAGCAGAUUCGCUUCGUGACGCCAGAACGACUCUGCAGGCUUCUGAGGUCUACCCGCUCGAGGUACAGCGGGCUGUCCAACAACAAAAACCACGAUCAAACCGCCGAACGAAAUCAAGCUUCCGAGAGUCAUCUGAUCCUGCGCAAAGGCAAGUUGGAAGCGGUCGGCUUCAGCGAGUACAUGGAUAGCGCAAUCACCAAGGGCGUGCUUGAUGAGAUCUUGCUUCGCGGUGGGGUGGAAGUGGAGUACCAUGUCAUCAAUCCAGAUUGCCACCCAGCAGAAGACGAAUCCUUCGCAGAAGAAAACCAUGAUCGGGGCCGUGCCCGAUCUCGCAAGGAGUUAUACACCGCCUCCCACUGUGCUAGUCCGCAUCACACCUUGCCGGCUCCCGUCGAACAACUUUUCCAAGCUUAUGCUCCUAUGCAUCCAACGAUCACCGCAUCCCCCAUCUCAUUCGAAACAGAUCCGUCGUGCUCAUUCAGGAUCGAAAGACGCUUGGAGUCCAGCUUACUCAUGGAAACUCCCGUCAAAGCCCUCGACCUCUGCGGCUGCAUCUCCAGCAAAUUCCGCGCGUCUCUGAAGGACUUUAUCAUUGACCAUGCCCUAUCCUCCCCCUAUCCGCCAACGCGAGCAACCUCUAAUCCGAUCAGCUUGAUGAACACGCCUAAUGGACUGCUCAGAUCGACCAGGUUCCCUUUUCUCACGCGACUAGGAUUGAGUAGGGUGAUGAUCCUUGAUGAUCUUGAGCUGUCAGACUUUCUUUCUGGCUUUGUCAAUCUACUCGAUCUGGAUCUCAGCCACACGCGGGCUGGAACAAAUGUUCUACACACCCUCCAGCUGAUCAAAAAGAGCGACCGAAGCAGAGGCGAAUCUGUGAUCCUGCGGCCGAGCUUCAGGAGCUUGAACCUAGCGAAAUGUCGAGGCUUGACCAAAGACAACUUGGUGGGGUUCUUGUGUGGAAAUCAAGAUGACAACCCGGACAGCGAUGCGGAGCAGUGGGAAGAUCCUGCGGAAUCGAUCGGCGGACUGGAAGAGCUGUCCUUGCACGGCGACUUGACCCAGCCCACCCCUCUUGAUUCGGAAGCGCUUGAGAAGAUUUUGGCCAGCUGCCCGGCCCUGCUUUCGGGCAAACUGACGACGCUCGACCUCUCCUCAGUGAUGAUCGACGACAGCCAGUUUGACCUGAAGCGCAAGAUGCCAGCGCAGCCCCGGCUGCUCCAGCUGGGGCUAGGAUCGUGUGCCCACAUCAGCCUGGAGACGAUCCGGUUCCUGCUCAAGGAGAAGAUGCACGCGGUGGAGGUCUUGGACAUCUCGUUCAGCUGCUUGUCCGCCCGCCAGCGGGAGACCCGGUUCGGCCAGCCGACCUGUGCCAUCUCGACCGCCAAGCUGCACGCCGAGCUCAUCAGUCCCGUGACGUGCACGGGCCCGGACGGGCGCAGGACGAGCAAUCUGAGGGUCAUCGAGCUCGACGACGCCAGCUUGCAGGCUAUCCGGGGCGGAGCCGGGGGCUGGAAAGCUGCGUUCGGAAAAGGCCAACGCGGAUGGUAUGUAGACCUAUCCGUAUCCGUGAUCAUCGCCCGAGAGCGCUCGCCCCAAGACGGCUGCAUGUCGGCGGAUCCCCGCCGGCAAGUCAUCGGCCGUGCGGGCUUGGUCGGCCUGGCGUCGGCGGAGGCUCUGACGGGGGAGGCCGAGCUGGGCCGGCUGGAGGCCAGCUUGGAGGGCCUCAAAAGCGCCGACGAGACCAUCCGCCACACCGAGAUCGGCUGGAUGAGCCGCAAAACUGAAAUCCUGCAUGGGUCCGGACUCUUGGGACGGCAGGAAGGCCUCUACGGCUUCCAUGCAUUCGCAUCCAACUAA